CAACCCAGCCCUUAAACACAAAAUCAGCAAAAUCCUAACUUUCAAAACUCUUUCUCUCUCUAGAUCCAAUGCAGAAACCAAGCAAAUUCCUAGUGGUGGCCUUUGAUAGACGAUCGAAGAGGAAAGUAUGAAGCUUUUCAUCUCUCUGUCUCUUCAUGUAAUACAGAGCCAUGCAGCUCUGGCUUUUGAUUUCUGAUCAAAUGCAGAAACCAUGCUAAUUAGGCAUUUGAUUCAUACUAGAACUGCUUUCUCCUUCUCUCUCUCCAAUUGAAAACUUUGGAGCACUAUGAACGAAGAACAAGUUUCUCUGCUUCUCAAAUCCGCAGCUCUCUUUCCCCCUCCUCAUGGAGUGAAGCUAUCAUACGGUACAGCAGGUUUUAGGGCGGACGCCUCGCUCCUCCAAUCAGCAGUGUUUAGAGUGGGAAUCCUGGCAGCCCUUCGAUCCUUCAAAACCCAAUCUGUCAUUGGGUUGAUGAUCACCGCAUCUCACAACAAAGUCACUGAUAACGGUGUCAAAGUCGCUGACCCAAAUGGUGGCAUGCUUUCGCAGGACUGGGAACCCUUUGCCGAUAAGCUCGUGAAUGCCUCCACCCCUCAACUUCUCGUCUCGUUGAUUGUAGAAUUCAUAAAGAAGGAAAACAUUCGAUUAGCGGGAAAGCCGUCAGCAGAAGUAUGGUUGGGGAGAGACACAAGGCCUAGUGGAGAAUCUCUCAUUGAAGCUGCAAAAGAGGGAAUUAACUCGAUUAUUGGAGCAGCUGUACUUGACUUUGGAGUUUUAACCACUCCACAACUAUAUUGGAUGGUUCGUGCUAGAAAUAAAGGAUGGAAAGCAACUGAACAGAAUUACUUUGAGCAGCUUUCAAGUUCAUUCAGGUGUUUGAUGGAUUUGACUCCAAAUGGAAUUAAGGUAAAUGAGGAGGAUGAUAAACUGAUUGUGGAUGGUGCUAAUGGUGUGGGUGGAGAGAAACUUGAGAUUUUAAACAACAUGUUGAAUAAUUUAGCUAUUGAGGUUCGUAAUUGUGGAAAUGAUGGAGGGAUACUGAAUGAAGGAGUCGGUGCUGAUUAUGUGCAGAAAGAAAAGGUGAUUCCGCGUGGAUUUGGGUCCAAAGAUGUUGGGAAAAGGUGUGCGAGUUUGGACGGGGAUGCUGAUCGUCUCGUAUAUUUCUCUGUACUUUCAGACUUGAGCAAUAAGGUUGAUCUUGUUGAUGGGGACAAGAUAUUAUCUUUAUUUGCAAUAUUUGUUAAGGAGCAACUGAGUAUACUUUAUAAGGGAGCAGAUCCGGAGACUCAUAGCAGUUAUCAAGCUCGUGUUGGGGUUGUGCAGACAGCUUAUGCUAAUGGAGCAUCCACGGAUUACCUCAAGCAGUCAGGUCUAGAAGUUGUCUUGACUCCAACUGGGGUGAAAUUUUUACAUGAGAAAGCUGCUCAGUAUGACAUUGGUAUAUAUUUUGAGGCCAAUGGCCAUGGUACCAUCCUGUUCUCAGAUGGUUUCUUAUCUUGGUUAGAGGCCAAAAAUAAUGAGCUGGCUUCUAUAUCUGAAGGUUCAGAAGAGCAGAAAGCAGCUUUGAGACUAUUGGCUGUCAGUAGGUUGAUUAACCAAGCUGUUGGAGAUGCUUUGAGUGGUUUGCUUUUAGUGGAGUCUAUUCUGCAAUACAAGGGAUGGUCAGUCCAUAAAUGGGCUGGACUUUAUGAGGAUCUACCAAGUAGGCAGCUUAAGGUUAAAGUUGUAGACAGAACAGCUGUUGUUACAGAGAAUGCAGAGACUGUGGUUGUUAGGCCCCUGGAAAUUCAAGAUGCUAUUAUUGCUGAAACGGCAAAAUAUCCCCGAGGUCGAUCUUUCAUACGCCCGUCAGGAACGGAAGAUGUUAUACGGGUGUAUGCUGAGGCAUCAACACAGGAAGCAGCUGACAAUCUUGCCAACUCUGUAGCGAUGCUUGUGGACCGAUACCUCGGGUAUGGCAGCUCUGGAUAGUUUAUCUCAAGUCUUGCUUCAAUAUAUUCAGUAAUCUGAGUUAGGGAGUCAUAUCAUUAUGGAGUUUAAGCUCACUCAUAAAACUUGCACCUCUUAACACACACACACGCACAGCUGAAAGGAAAUGUGCAUUGAGCUUUUCAGUCUUUCCUUUUGAAAUUCAAAGUCCUUUUUUUUUUUUUCUUUUUCCCUUUUGGGUGCAGUUCAAAUUUAUGAAAGUAGAUUAUGAGAAAAAAUUAUUGUGGCCAUUAAAAUCUUAUUUGAUCCA